GGGAUGGAAAGCGGCUUGUGUUUGAAUUUUCCCCCAGAAAGAGUCGCAGACAUCAGCUUUAGAAGCUUGAUUUUUUUUUUGUAGUAGGAAAGGGGUAUUUGUAAUAAGACGGUACCUUAGUACUCCGACACAUCGUACCAGGCAAUAGGAUAAACCCGAAAGGAUUUUCUAUGUUGUAAAAAAAACUAAAAAAGCAGAGCGCAAUGUCUGCCAGUGGGAGCGAUGUGUGUAGCCAUGUGAGGGUAGUGGUUCGUGUCCGGCCUGAGAACCAGAACGAGGCAAAAGGAAACUUCAGGACGGUGGUUCAUGUGGUGGACAACCACAUGCUUGUCUUUGACCCAAAAGAGCAGGAGGUUAGCUUUUUCCGUGGUCAGAAAAUAAAAAGCAGGGACAUUAACAAGAGAGCGAACAAGGAUCUCAAGUUCGUCUUUGAUAAUGUCUUUGGAGAAAAUUCGACCCAACAAGAGGUUUUUGAAAACACAACCAAGGGAUUGCUUGAUGGAGUUUUAAAUGGGUACAAUUGCACAGUGCUUGCGUAUGGUGCUACUGGAGCAGGGAAGACCCACACAAUGCUGGGCUCUCCCAAUGAACCAGGCGUGAUGUAUCUAACCAUGAAGGAGCUAUACAACCGCAUCGACCAGGUUAAAGAUGAUAAAACGUUUGACAUUGCUGUAUCUUAUCUUGAGGUGUACAAUGAGCAGAUCCGUGACCUCCUUGUAAACUCUGGACCACUGGCUGUUCGAGAAGGUGGCGAUCAGGGUGUAGUUGUGCAAGGGCUUACGCUGAGUCGGCCUAAAUCCGCAGAGCAUAUCCUUGAAGCGCUGGAUUACGGGAACAAAAAUAGAACACAGCAUCCAACUGAUGUGAAUGCCUCGUCUUCGAGGUCCCACGCAGUGUUUCAGAUUUACGUAAGGCAACAGGACAGAACAGCUAGCAUUAAUCAAAAUGUCAAAAUUGCUAAAAUGUGCCUUAUAGACCUUGCCGGGUCAGAGCGGGCCAGUGCCACCAAUAGCAAAGGAGUGCGGUUUCGUGAGGGAGCAAACAUCAACCGGUCACUGCUGGCCCUGGGCAAUAUAAUCAAUGCACUAGCAGAUCCCAAGAACAAGGCACACAUUCCUUACAGGAACAGUAAACUGACUCGGCUGCUGAAGGAUUCGUUGGGAGGGAACUGCCGCACAGUAAUGAUCGCCGCUGUUAGCCCCUCCGCUAUGUCUUACGAUGACACCUACAAUACGCUGAAAUACGCAAAUCGAGCCAAGGAUAUUAAGUCCUCAUUGAAGAGCAAUGUUGUCAGCCUGGACAGUCACAUCAGCCAGUAUGCUGUAAUUUGUGAACAGCAAAAGAAAGAGAUUCUUAUUCUGAAAGAGAGGUUGAAGCAAUACGAGGAAAAAAAAGAGGCAGUUCCAGAAAGCCGUCGUCUAAGUCUUUUGGCAAUUUCCAAUCAGAAGCAAACUGACAUAGAAAAGAUGGAAGAAUCCCUUAAAAGUGUCUUUACAAACCGAAUGGUGAUCCGAAAAGAAUUUCUGGACUUGGAAAAGCAACUGAAAACGAACGAGCUAAAAGCAGCCCACAGAGAGCAGUGCCACCAGCAAGUACAGCUGCUGUGUUCAAAUGAUAAAGCUGAAAAGGCCACCUGUAAACGUGAGCGAAGGAUGGCUGCCCUUGCUACCCAUCGUUUGCACAUGAAGCGAAAGCUCAAGGAAGUGCAGCAGCGCUUUGAGGAAAACGACAACUGGCUGCACCGUGUUGAAAAUGAAAUGCGAUUGCUGGGUCAGGAUGCUCAGAUUCCUAAGAUGCUUCAAAAAGAUCUGGAUUGCCACCAUUCUCAGCUGGAGGUUCUGGAUUUGAAACAACGUGUUGAACACAUAACCUACCUUAUUGGCCUUCAGGACCAGGAGAACAAACAAACUGAAAAGAUAUUGAAUUCCUUGCUGCCAGCCUUCCGUAGACAGUACGAGACCCUGAAGGAGGCUGGACUGGCGAGCUUCAUGGUUGAGUCUGAGUUCAAGGAACUGGAACACCUGGUGCUGCGGGAGAGGGGGGUUGUGUGGGCCGAUCAGCCAGUACCGGAGGAGCCACAGCACAACCCGAGCAGCCAGCAGGAGCUGUCCUCCAUCAUCUCCUUCUCGCACCUCGUCUGCCAUCAGAACACUCCUUGCAGUGCAGAAAGGCACAAGAGAAAGAGUUCACAGAGAGGGUGGUUGGCGGAGAUAACAGAGAGUCCUUUAGCCAGAGAGAAAUGUUGUCAAGAAAUUGAGGACAAAUCCAAGGAGAACGUCCUGCCAUCCACGGACGUGCCCUGCCGAGUCCCCUUGCACAAACCGACUCGGAGGAAACUGGUGGAGUCCCCUUUGGCACAAACCUCUGCAACAAAUCCCUGCGUCUCUCGGCUUGACGAUUCCUUCAGCAAUGAGGGUGUCUUCCCUAUCCUGUAUACUCCCGAGAUCUGCCGAGCACAGCCCACACAGGAUGCUUGCAGGAUGGGGGCGUUGCAGAGGGAAGGCUUAACCACCAACAAGGAGGAAAGCCCAAAGCUGACUGACUCUGGCACCUCUUGUGCAACAGAGGAUGGCACUAGCUGCGGCAGCAUCCCCCUGAACCUUACCUUUAACCUGACAGAUGUUUGCAGGCAAGCUGACUGUGACGCCACAGUGAUCUUAAGCCCUGGUUCGAGCAAAUUAGAGACCGCUUUCGGCAGUGCGGAACUAGAGCAGGGCCAGGAGAGCAGCAAAGGCAGUAGCAUUCUUCAAAGGUUGGGUCUUCCUUCGUUGCUUAAUAAUAAUAAAAAGCCUGCACGGUCAGGAAAACCGUCCUACAUGGGAAUGACAUCUGCUGCAGAAAGAAAGAGGAACCUGUCUAGCUGUAUGUCCCUGACUGGUUUGAGAGGGAACAUGCAAGGCCCACAUGCACCCAAGCGCGUUAAAAUUGACAAUGUGCUCGGUGGAAAACCUUUACGAGUGCGCAGGCUUGGAGAGCACAGCGAGGAGUCUGAUCCUGGACGGAUGGCUGUGCGGAGUUUUUCUGAAGGAAACCUACAGCUUGUUGGGGUGAAGAGGCAGAAAUCCAAGUUUGUCAGACCUGCCAACUUGUUAAAGAAACAAAUGAUGAAACCAUAACUUUUUAAAAAAUUCAUUUUAUUAUUUUUUAAAUGUUUUAGUUAAAAAAAAAAAAAAUAAUAAUAAUAAAAAAAAAAAAUACAUGUUACACCUGUGGAUUGUUGGUAACUUGAAAAGCAACAAUAUUAAGUGUUUCAAGGUUAGUUAUUAAAACUUAAUGUUAAAUGAUAUUGACAAAAAAAACAACCCAAUAACUUUUGUGAACUGUCUUUUCAUUUCUCUGUCUUGUAAAUCAAUCUCUCAAAUA